AUGUCAAAUCACACCAACCUCACCGAAAUCCAUGCCGAGUUAGGCUAUGUCGCUGCAGAUUACGUCCAGAUCUGCCUCUACAGUCUCUUCGCGAUCAUCGGCCUACCAGUGAACAUCUCAACACUGAUCUACAUGCUGAAAAGAUAUCGCCACGCCAAAUCAUUCCUCCUGCUUCUCCACAUCAAUCUGAACAUUUCGGAUAUUUUGGUGUUGGGCCUAUAUGUUCCGGGCCUCAUCGGAUGGCUGGUGACGUUUGAGUGGCGAGGCGGCAAUGCGAUGUGCAAAUUCAUGCGAUUUGUUGAUGCGUUUGUGUUUGCGUGCAGCUCGAACAUCAUGGUUUGUAUUGCGUUGUAUCGAUUGUCGGCGUUGAGAUAUCCGUUGUGGGUGAAUGCGGUUGGACAUUCGAGAGUGCCGAGGAUGUUGGUUGUGGCGUGGAUGACGGCUAUUGUCACCAUGUUGCCGCAGGUUUAUGUUUGGAGUGAGGUGAGCUGUUAGGUCUAGGCGUGGCCGCUGCGCGGAAGCUUGCGGUUCACACUCGCGGCGAAGCCGCUCGAGGCACGGUCUUAGGCUUAGACAGGGCCUUAGGCUUAGACAGGGCCUUAGGCUUAGACAGGGCCUUAGGCUUAGACAGGGCCUUAAGGCUUAGGUCUAGGCUUCAGAAAACAAUCCAGAGACUUCUGAAAUUCUUGAAAAUUCAGAAAAAAUUUCUUGUGCUUCUUGGAGAACCUAUGUAAUCUUCAGAAUUUUUCUCCAAGCUGCAAAAAUAUUCAGAAAAAGUAUGAGCCUGAAAUGAUAAGAUUUUUCAAAAUUUCUUGGUUUUCCAGAUUUUUUCUAGAAUUUCCAAAAAAAUUUUUGAACUCCUUAGUUUUCAUAAAAUGUUCCAGAGCCUUCAAGAACUUCUAAGAACCCGAAAGUUUCCCAGACUUUUCCAGGCUUCUAAAAAAGCCCAAGUCUAGAUUUCAGAUAAAACAUCUAGACCAAAGUUCAAUAAAAGUUCUUCUCUAGAAUUUUUCCAUAUUUUUCUGAUCAUUAUUUCCGCUCCAAAUUUUUUUUCUCCAAAAAAAAAGAAAAAAUUAUGAUUAAAAAUUCUGUGCUCAUCAACAAUUCAUUCUUCGGCUCUCUCUCGAUUUUUUGCUCAGAAUUUUCUAGUCACAUGUGAAAAAACAUCAAAUGGGAUUAAGUCAGAAUUGAAAAUUCAAAAAAAAACAAAUUAUAGGAAAAUUGUGAAACGUAUUUUUUCCGCCGGAAAUUCCGGGAUGUUUUUCUUUUUGGGAAAAAAGGGAUCUUUGACGCUGGAAAUCGCGGGAUUGCUCAGAUUAAUCAUUUUCAGCGCGAAAUUUCGAUCUAGAACAGGAAAACAGCGAUUUUUUGCGAGUCUGAAGGUCCUGGAUCGAACCCCGGUACCUCCUAACCUAUUUUUCUUCCCAAAAAUGUUCUAGAUCAAUUUUCGAAGAGGAAAAUGGUGGGAUUGCUCAUUUUAAGCAAUUCCAGCGUUUUCAGCGUGAAAUUUUGAUUUAGAACAAGAAAUUUGCGAUUUUAAUGAUCUACAAAAUUUUGGAACUUUUUUUCAGAAAAAUUUAAAGAGCCGAAAAACAUUGUUCUAGACUCAAAUUUUGAGCUGAAAAUGCUGGAAAUCCUGAAAAUCGCUGAAAAUCAAUAAUUUCAGCGUUUUCAGCGCAAAAUUCUGGUCUAGAGCAAUGUUUAAAGCUUCUGGUAGUAAAAAAUCCAAAAUUUCAGAAAAAAGUUCAAAAAGCCUGAAAACUUUGCUCUAGACCCAAAUUUUGCGCUGAAAAUGCUGGAAAUCCUGAAAAUCGCUGAAAAUCAAUAAUUUCAGCGUUUUCAGCGCGAAAUUUCAGUCUAGAGUGUGGAAAAAUUGAUUUUUUAUGAGUCAAAAAGGUCCUGGUUCGAUCCCCCAUACCUCCUAGACCAAUUUUUCACCCCGAAAUCAUUGGGAUUGCUCAUAUUAAGCCGAAAUUUCUAAUUUCAGGUGCAUUUCCCCGAAAUCACUCAAUGUAUAACAAUUUGGACGGAAAAACUGAAUUCUGGCGAAGUUUUGAGCGAAACCGAGAGACGAAAUAUGGCUCUGUACUCAAUUCAAAAUACCGUGCUGAUCUUCUAUAUUCCACUGAUUGUUUUGGUUGCUUGUUAUGUGAUGAUCCUGAAAGACAUCUAUAAAACUCUGAAUACUGAGCAAGAAUGCUCGAGUGCCAUGUAUUUUUCGGAAGUUAGUUCGAGCAAAACGGCGGCGGCUAAAAAAGAGCAACCCGCGAAUAGUGUUGGUGAGUUUGAACUGAAAUUUUGCGCUGAAAACGCAGGAAUUAUUGAUUUUCAGCGAUUUUCAGCAUUUUCAGCGUUUUCAGCUCGAAAUUUGGGUCCAGAACACAGUUUUUAGGCUUUUUGAACUUUUUUUUUCUGAAAUUUUGGAUAUUUUCUCCAGAAACCUGAUUCUAGUCCAGAAUUUCGCGCUGAGAACGCUGAAAUUAUCGAUUUUCAGCGAUUUUCAGGAUUUCCAGCGUUUUCAGCGCGAAAUUUGGGUCUAGAACAAUGUUUUUAGGCUUUUGGAACUUUUUUUUCUGAAAUUCUGGAUAUUUUCUCCAGAUAGGUCCAGAAGCCUAAAACAACGUUCUAGACCAAAAUUUUCCGCUGAAAAUGCUGAAAUUAAGGAUUUUCAGCGAUUUUCAGUAUUUCCAGCGUUUUCAGCACGAAAAUUGGGUCUAGAACAAAGUUCUUAGGCUUCUGAGGCUUUCUAGACACAAUUUCAAAAUUUUGAAUGAAAAAUCCAGAAGCUCAGCUUAAAACUCACCUCUAGACCAGAAUUUUGCGCUGAAAACGCUGAAAUCAUUGAUUUUCAGCGAUUUUCAGUAUUUUCAGCGUUUUCAGCGCAAAAUUUGGGUCUAGAACAAUGUUUUUAGGCUUUUUGACCUUUUCUGAAAAAGAUCACUAAAAUUGAAAUUUCCAAACUUUUCUAGACCAGAAUUUUGCGCUGAAAACGCUUAAAUUAUUAAUUUUCAGCGAUUUUCAGUAUUUCCAGCGUUUUCAGCGCAAAAUUUCAGUCUAAAACAUCGUGCAAUAAUUUUUCCAGUAACAAUAUCCACCCGCCCAAUUCGCGGCCAGGAAAAAUUCCGUCGCGCCAAAGUGCGCAGCCUCAAAAUCACCCUAUUGCUUAUCUUAACCUAUGUGGUGACGUGGCUACCGUAUAACCUACUAACCUGGUGGAUGGUCUUCAAUUUCGACUCGUAUGUGGUGAAUUUGGAUUCGAAUUAUAUUCUGAACUCGCUGGUUGUGCUGAACAGUGUAAUCAAUCCCUUUAUUUACGGCCGGUGAGUUAUGACGUGGCAAAAAAUGUGGGCGGGGCGCGUUCUUUUCACCAACUUUUACCCUGGGAGAUCUGGGCGCCCGGUUAGCUCAGUCGGUAGAGCACCAGACUCUUAAUCUGGCUGUCGCGGGUUCGAGCCCCGCAUCGGGCUAUCGAAAAUUUUUUAUUUUUUUUGGAAAUCUGCAAAUUUUCCUGAAAAAAACCAUUUUUUAAAUCAAAAUACGUAUAUUUGACAAAAAAAACUAACAAAUAAAACGAGAAUAAAAUCGAAAAUAAUAUUUUCAGGUGUCAAGGGGUUCGUCUACUGUUCAAAUGCCGUGAAAAAUUCCGGAAGAAGAAGAAGCUGACGACGACCAAAAAAACGUGUAAACUUUUGCAAAAUAAUUGA